AAAGGGCAGAGCGAUCAGCUUUCUUCUCCCCCAUCCACGCAUCCUUCCUCUUUGUGUGUGUGUGUGAGGCUCCAGCUCCGAACAUGGCGCAGCAGUUUGUCCAAACUAAGAUCAAAGGAGACAAAGUGGUGGUCUUCAUGAAGCCCACUUGCUCCUACUGCAUCACAGCCAAAGACGUGUUGGGCAAAUACAAGUUUAAACCCGGACAUCUGGAGUGCAUUGACAUAAGUGCCCGCAGCGACAUGGGCAGCAUGCAGGACUAUUUCCUGGAGCUCACCGGAGAGCGCACGGUCCCUCGGGUGUUCAUCGGUGAGGAGUGCAUUGGAGGCGGCAGCGACGUGGCGGCGCUGCAUAAGAACGGUAAACUGGAGGGCAUGCUGCAGUCUAUUGGAGCCCUGCAGUGACCUGCUCCAAACCAAGCAGGCCACUGGAACCAGCGUGCUGGGGUCACAUGACUAUGCAGCGGGACUUGCGUAGUUUGCGUCGCCGCUGCUGGUACUCGCUGAGCUCCUGCAGGUAGCCUCUGGACGGCCAGCGUAGCCUCUCCACCUGCUCCCGCUCCUCAUCUGGAACACACAAUCACGUAUCAAUAAUCCACCGCAUGCACAACUGUGGAAAAAUCAUUACAGCCAGCUUUACCGCGCUUGGCUCGAACCCACCAACCCACAUUCAGUAACAACUCCCUGGAUUGUUGCCACGAACUCCUCCAACGAUUCUGAAAUGUCUGACUGAGAAAUUUGUUUACACCAAGAAGCCACAGAAGACCAACAGUGAUCCAUCAUGUGCUGUCUCUUUGUCCUGACCUUUGACUUCGCCCGUGCCCUCCAGUACCCGUCCAAUGAUCUGAAAUAAGUCUCGUGUCUGUGAUGUCAAUAAAAAGUGCUACUGCUACAAACCAGA